AUGUCGCACGAAAAUGGAAAAUAUUGCAAGCUGAGUAAUCAUAUAUUUGGUACAACAACGAAGCAAUUUAUUGAAGUCGAAAAAGUUUUCAGGAAGAAUUUCAUCGAUGGAUGGGAACGGGAAGGUGCAGCAAUAUCGAUAUACCGAAAUGGUGAAUUAGUGGUUGACCUGCAAGGCGGAUACGCUGAUAAAAGCUCACUUCGACCUUGGACAUCCGAUACGAGAACUGUCGUUUUUUCUGCAACAAAAGCAGUUGGUGCAUUAUGUAUAGCAAUGUUGGUUGAUCGGGGACAAUUACAAUAUUCCGAUCGUAUUUGUCAAUUUUGGCCAGAAUUUGGUCAGAAUGGAAAGGAAAAUAUCACUGUUGGUUGGAUAAUGAGUCAUCGUGCAGGUUUGGCAGCUUUUGGUGAACCAAUCACUAAAGAAGAUGCAUUUGAUCAUGAGAAAAUAGCAGAAAUUAUUGCAAGACAGAAACCGAAUUGGAUACCAGGUACUAAAGCAGGAUAUCAUGCAAUAACGUAUGGAUGGCUUGUUGAUCAAAUUAUUAGACGUGUUGAUUUGAAACAUCGUGGUAUCGGAACUUUUUUUAAGCAGGAAAUUGCUGAGAAAUUUGGCAUUGAUUUUCAUUUUGGCUUACCAUCAGAAGAAGAGCACACCGUAUCUCGAUUAACAACACCACCAUUUUCUUACAAAUUGAAAGAGAUUUUGUAUGAUCCAAGAAUUUUAUAUUUGCUGGGUAUAUUAAAUUUGAGAGCACCUAAUUCAAUAGUACGAAAAAUUCGAGAAACAACGACUUGGAUGAAAAUGGACACAACAGUGAAUACAUUCAACGAUCCGGAUCUUCAUCGUAUGGAACAAGCAGCAGCUUUGGGUAUAACAAAAGCAAAUGAUCUUGCUAAAUUAUUCUCACUUUUUCUACAAGGAGAAAUCAUAUCGAGCAAUUUAUUAAAUCUCUUUAAAGCUCCAGAAAUAUCACAUGGUUUAGAUAAAGUAGUCCUUGCACCGUUACCAAAAGGAUAUGGUUUCAUGUAUGAACGUCAUCCAUUUAAACCUGGUCAUUGGCUUGUUGGACAUGCUGGCCUUGGUGGCAGUACGAUAAUGAUGGAUAUGGAGGAAAAAUUGGUGCUCGCAUAUGUAACUAAUGGUUUGAAAGUAGGUACCGGUGAGCUUACAAGAACUUAUCGGUUAUUGAGAAAUGCCGCUUUACGAGCGGUGAAAUGA